UACCAUCGCUAAACCAGGAUUUCUAAUGUUCUUAAAGCCGGGAGCAUUGUAUUAUAAUAAUGAUGAUGAAUUUAGAGGUGUAGAAAACUGUUUUGAUAUAGUUGAAGUUCUGAGAUGGGAUUUAUUGAUAUCUUCUCCUGACGAUUCCCUUAUGGAAAGCACUGAUCGUCAACUGCUACGGAAAAAUUGGCCCCGUAGACAUGUGGACGCUAUUACUGGAAGAUAUGGUCAAUGUAGCUGGCCAUCUGGUAUAUCGGGCACACAAUUAAAUGAUGGCGCAAAGAGGAGUCUUUUAAAAAAUUACAUUUGUAGACGUAUUCCGAGUGUUCUCAGUGGCAAUCAAGAAGAAGCAGUAAUCGUGUUCGCUUCUGAUAAUACGCAUAUGCCUGCUGAUAUGAUCGCUCACCCAGGAUUUUUGAUGGCAUUCAAACCGGGAGCAUUGUAUUCUUUAGAUUAUGAUGAGUUUAAAAGUGUGCCAGAUACCUUGGAACUAGUAGAAGAUAUUAGAUGGGAUUUGUUGAUAACUUCGCCUAAGGAGACCGCGUUGAUUAUCUACUAUGGAAAAUAGAUUUUCCGUAUCGACUUACGAGGGCUAUUUUAGAAAGAUAUAAUGUAAAAAGCUGGCCAUCUGGUAUAUCGGGC